AAAAAAACUUAGAAGAGGACCUUUUUAUAAUUUUGCUGCCCCUCCUAAAAUAUUUAUUUUUCCCUAAUCGAACCGGUCGCUCUCUCCGUCUCUAGCAUUCAUCCCGAUCCCGCACAGCCGCUUCAAGCCUCCGACCCCAUUUCUCUUCUCUGGAAAACUGGGAGCGAGAGAUCGCCUUCGACGCCGACGGCUCUGCCUAGUGCCUUCCACCUUCGUCACUUCUUCUGGUGGUUCCACCUUUGGGCUUCGUCGCUUCUUCAACGCCGACGGGCGACGCCUCUCCCCGCAGGACUGCAGGCGUUAAAUCCUCUAUUCGGGUUUAUUCCAUUUCUUCUUCUCUUAUUAUUUGAUGAGGCAAUUGGGAGACCAUUCUAUGAACUUCCAAGUAAAUUACAUAACAAGCAUAAAGAACCCCUGCAAUCAUUUCGUCCAUACAAUAUAGCUCAUAGAGGAUCAAAUGGUGAAAUUCCUGAAGAAACAGUGGAUGCUUAUAUGUUUAACAGGCAGAAGUUUCAGCAGGAGGCUUGGCCAAAUACUUUGUUAAAACAUGGAUGUGCAGAAAGUUGCAAAUAAGCUCGCCUAAUGGGAGCUUUGACUUUACCUGAAGUCUUCAUGUUAUAAUUAGCAGGCUUAAUAGGUGAUUGGGAUCACAUUUAUCAGAAACUAACAAUAUCCUUCCCUGAGAUAGCUGAGAUCAUUAACAAAGAGACGAUACUAAAAGGAGUUACAGAAGAUGGACAAGCAUCAUUAAGCCAUGAGAAGAUAUGGAUCAAAUUCUUGGCUGAUACAAUAAAAGAGAGAAGAGAUGUAGAAGGUCGAAAAGAAAAUGGCAGUUCCGCUGCUCAACAGGAAGAUCGUGAAGAAGCGCGUGAAGAAGUUUAAGAGGCCCCAAAGCGAUGGCAAUAUCUGCAUGAAGCCAAACUGGAGGAGGCCUACAGGUAUCGACUCCCGUGUGUGGAGAAAGUUCAAAGGAUGCACUUUGAUGCCCAACAUUGGCUACGGUUCUGAUAAGAAGACACGCCACUUUUUGCCCAACAAGUUCAAGAAAUUUGUAGUUCACAAUGUCUCCGAACUGGAAUUGCUUUUGAUGCACAAAAAGAAAUACUGUGCUGAGAUUGCACACAAUGUUUCAACCAGAAAAUGUAAGGAUAUUGUGGAGAGAGCAGCACAGCUUGAUAUAGUAGUCACCAACAAGCUUGCUAGGCUACGCAGCCAAGAAGAUGAGUAGUGAACUUCAGGCAUUUGAAUUUAUAUUACUUAAGCUUUUGAACUUAUUAUUAUCCUUUGAAUCAGAGUCAGAUCUUUUUUUUUUUUUUCUUUGUUAGAAGAUUGCCUUUCUGUAGUUGCACUCUUUGAAUUUUAUCUUCUGUUGAAUAUGAAUUGUUCUCAAUUAAAAGAAAAAAAGUUCAUGUUUAUUGGAUAAUCAACAUAAAGACUUGAACUGAUUGUAUAGCUUUAGGGUAUGUACAUUUGAUAAAUCAUAUUAUAGCUUUAGGUCCACAAGAUCAAUCUUAUUGGAUAAUGUACAUUUGAAUAAAUCAUAUUAUACGACCCAAUCUUUGCAUGGGACAAUUUUAUUCACCAAUAAUUGUAUGGGAUCAUAAUCUAAAUUGAUUGAACAAAUCAUAUUAGAUGAUGCUUUAUAUCGUACUGGACAAUCAACAUAAAGACUUGAACUGAUUGUAUAGCUUCUUAUUUUUCUACAGUACAAAUAGGUCUAUAUUAACCAAUCUUACUAUACAAUCUGAGAUCAUAUUGUACGAUCAAUGUCCAAAAAAAAUUAAUUAUUAGGGCUUUUUAUGUAGCCUUGUAUUUAACAUCUUUUAAUAGACUAAUUUCAAAUCUUUUGGUUGUUUGGUUUUGUAGAGAUAGAGAGGGCUUGGAGAAGAGAUCAUGGAGUUCUUUGGGAAGGAGAAAGGAGUGCGAUGUUCUUUUCCUUCAAUAUGAGAGUGAAAAAGAGUUCAAGGUCCUAUGUUUCACAAGAUUGGUGAAAAUAUUGUAAGGGCAUCUUCACUUAGCUUUGGCUACUAAAUGAGAGACAUUAAGGUUUUAGUGCAAAACUCAUAGAGGGCUCCGAGGAGCGGUCUUAGUUCCACUAUAAAAUUCUUGUUAGUUCUUUCUAUUUUUUAUAUAAUUUACUUUUCUACACUUUGAUUUUCUAGAAGUUAUUUGUCAGACAAUUAUCUAUUUGUUCAUAUAUUGAUUUGAACUAUUCAUCAUCAUCAAAAUAAAAAAUUUGUUUCA